GGAAACAUGGAAAACUACACCAGGGUAAGUCAGUUCAUUUUGGUUGGUUUCAGAUCUCACCCAGGAUCACAACUUCUCCUCUCUGUUCUCUUCUCUACAAUUUAUGUUGUCACUGUGGGAGGAAAUGCCUGCAUGAUCCUCAUCAUUCAAAUGGACUCCAAGCUGCACACUCCUAUGUACUUUUUCCUAGAGAACUUGUCCAUCUUGGACAUUUGCUAUUCCUCUGUCAUCACUAACAAAGCCGCACUGACAUUGUCACUGGGCAGAGGACUCAUUUCCUACAAUGGCUGUGCAUCUCAAAUGUUCUUCUUCUCCCUCUUUGGUACCACCGAAGCCUUCUUCCUUGCUGUGAUGGCUUACGAUCGCUUCACUGCCGUCCGCAAUCCACUGCUCCACCAAAUCAUUAUGAACAGAAGACUUUGUGUUUGCAUGGUGGUGGGCUCCUACCUGUCAGGCUGCAUCAACUGCAUCAUCCAGACAGCCUUUACAUUCAGUUUAUCCUCUUGUGGGACCAAAGAAGUAAACCACUUCUUCUGCUAUGUUCCUGCAGUGAUGCGUGCCUCUUGCUCAGACACACUGGUCAAUGAAGUGGUAAUGCUGGCUGUACGUGGAUCAAUCACUGUGGGCACUGCCUUGGUGGUGUUUAUCUCCUAUGGCUAUAUCAUCAUUACCAUUGCCCAAAUGCCUUCAGCUGAGAGCAGGUGCAAGGCUUUCUCCACUUCUUCUUCUCACAUGCUGGCUGUCACUUUAUUCUUCGGGACAGUUUUCUUCAUGUAUGCUCAGCCUGGGGCUGCACCUGACAGAAGCAACAUCAUCUCUGUCCUCUAUACUGUUGUGAUUCCCAUUCUAAACCCUUUCAUCUACACCCUUCGAAACCAGGAGGUAAAAGGCUCUCUGAAAAAACAAUUAAAAAGGAAAGGCUUUUGUUAG